AUGGAGUCUCAGACAGACCUCGAGCAAUGGUCGGCGAAGUUGGAAGGGAUCAGCUUCGGCCCUAACCCACACUUCGCAACAGUUCAGUGUUUGCCCUCCCUCUGUACAACCAGACGCAUCUUGACGGAGUUAGCCCGGCUCAGCAAAAGCGCCGCCCGCGAGCAUCGACCUCGCGUCGAGGACACGUUGUUCAUAUAUGUCGCACCGGAUCGGAGGACCGCCCAGUUCCUCAAGCACGAGGACUGUAACUGCGACGCCGAGUGGGGCAUUCUUUCUGCCCAGGAAGUGUGUCAAAAGCUCAAGUGCGGAGACCAGUGGAAGCCUGAGUCUGGCGGGACGUAUCGGUCCAUCACCGUCAUCUUUGAUGCUGCUUACAUUUCGACGACACCGCACAUGAUUGCUGCCUCAGCUGGCCUUCUCCGCUUCAUGGCUCAAAGCUUCAGCGCCAAACUUCUGUCAUGCUGCACUGCCGUAGCGCUGACCGACGGCCAGCGUCCAUUUUUUCCUACAGACGAGGAGCUGAUUGAGGCAUUUGGCGUUCAUGCUACAGUCACGUAUCACAAACUGAUUCAGAACCAGCCCACAGUUUUGCGUUCUCCCUUGAACAAAGUCAGAGGAAACGCAGAAAUCAUUUUACGACACGUGCUCCUCCACGACGACGAUGUCGAUUUGGCGCUGACACAGAAACCAAGACUCUCGACACAGCGCAAGACAAUUGUCUGCCUGGCUGACUCUGAUACAGCAGACACAAUUGCAAACGCAAUGUACAACGAUAAUGACGUUUUGCGAGUCCGACAAUACGCCACCAAACAGAUGCGUGGCUACAGCCUCAGAAUAUGCAUCGUCACUCAAGAAAAUCUUGAACGUCAUCUACGGGCAUGUUUUGUUUACACCGACAAUACUCCGGAAAACGAACGUCAUGCCAUUCUGUUUAUCGAUCCAGAUAUUCGUUUUGUCCUGCCGUUCCCGGCUACCAUUGCCAAGCAUUUCGCCGUUUUGCGCAACAAUCUGCACGUGUUUGACCGCGAGGUGCAACAGGUUACGAGAAAACUCGUCGGAGUCUCUCAAGUAGAGCUGAACUUGGCUGCAACAUUCGGGCUGGUUAUCAAUACACCCAACAGCCGCAGCGUAACGAUUCUUGAUGAAGAUGCUUCAUUCGCCAAUAUUCCAGAAUCGCCGCUAUCGGUCUCUUCAGCUUGGGCGCGAGACCCAAUGACUACCCUCUUUUUGCUUGUUUCCGUUGACCCUACAAGGCCCGUCGAGCAAUAUCUGACAGUUGUGGCGCAACAGGCAUGCGCAGAUCCCCAGCUUACACGGGAAUUGCUUAUGCGGCUCGUCCACCGCCGAUUGAUUACCCACCGCAAGCUUGGAUUUGGCCAAGAGGUUGCCUACGAUCUGACCGAACUGGGGCGUGGAGUGCUUCAAUUCCUUCAUGGCUCCAGCACACUAAUGUCGCUCGCAGAUGCCAUGUAUCUAUAUCACACAUCAGCCAUGCAGUCGGUUGCGGUCAAGAGCACGCUUGCCGUUAUGCGCUGCGUCUUGAGACUCGACCUCAGCAGGUUUCUGGGUGGUCCCGGUAACACCCUGAAAAGUUUCCUGGUCCACCCAUUGUUGGCCGAACCAUGGAAAUCCAUGUGCUACAAAGGCCCUUUGUGGGCCGCACUUGGUCUUCUUGUUCUGGCUUUGGGAAGAGGAGCCAACCCCACGACUGACUGCCUCAUACCCGAGUUGGGAGGUUUCAAGAUCAGAUCCACCUAUGUUCGCGCCUUCACAAUGGCCUUGCGAUCCACUUGCGAGACCGUAGGUCUUCCAGAUAUAUAUGUCAGCUCGUGGGUCAACUCAAACUUGACUCCAGCCGAUAUAAGGGCGGUAGAGAAGGUGCUGGUCGCUUCGGAAAUCGACUGCGUUGCGGUAGCCCAGGAUCUGUCCCAGGCCGGCCCAGUCAUUGAAGCAUAUGACUUGGUUGCUCCAGUUCGUUUGCACCUCGGCUCGUACGAUACUACGUGGUUCAAGCCUUUUCCAAAUCAGCCACCCAAAGUUGAUCAGCGCUACACGACCUUCUUCGUCCAUCUGCCAUAUCGGCUUCAACAGAGCGACAUUCCGUGUCGUCCCAAAGGCAAGCUGGCCACGCUGGUUUCUUCGAGCGUCGUCCAUGAGGUACUAUCGGAGCAGGAGGGCAAGGAGGCGGAGUAG